AUCAGGUGUCAUUCACCUGGGAAUUUCAGAUCACAGCCUUGUCUACGCUGUGAGAAAAUUUACACUACCGAAAGGAAGGCAAAAAAUUCGUCAGGUUCGUAACUUUAAAAACUUUGUCGAAAAUUAUUUCAUUCGGGAUGUGUCUCAAUUGCCUUGGGAGAUGGUCUAUCAGUUUGGAGAUCCCAAUUUAUGUUGGCAAGUCUGGAAAUCACUAUUAUUAGAUGCACUUAAUAGACAUGCCCCUCUGCGCCACAAGCGAAUAAGGAAUAACCCUGUCCCAUGGAUUAAUCCUCAAAUUAAAGAACUUAUGAGAAAAAGGGACUAUCACAAAAAAAAGGCCAUAAAAUAUGAUUCGGAGUCACAGUGGGAAUUGUAUAAAACACUACGUAAUGAAGUAAAUAUAAACAUGCGGAAAGCAAAAUCUAAGUACUUUUGUGAUAAAAUCCAGGCAAGCUCUCAAAUGGGAGACAGUAAAAGCGGAUGGGCUUGGAUAAAUUUGCUCUUAGGAAGAAAGCAUAAGAAUGCAAAUAUUAAUGAACUGAAAGUAAAUGAUGAUAUUAUUUCUGAUGAUAAAUCUAUUACUGAAACAUUAAAUGAAUAUUUUAUAAAUAUUGGAAUGAAGAUGGCUGCUGAAUCAGCAUGUCAAAGCACUGAUGCUUUAAAUGAUCAAGUAAUUUAUGAAAGUACUGCGCUUCUUCCUAAAGAAAAUUUUCACUUCGCAGAUAUUACUAUAGAUAGUGUUUCCAAACGCCUACAAAAACUAAAUGUCUCAAAAGCGACAG